AUGGGUUUCUUAAAAGAAACCAAGGUCGAUUCGCGACCGGACGCCGACGCGCAGUUGGGUGAGAAAGAUGCCGAACGGUCGACUUCGCCAUCCCUUACGGCACAGCCUGCCAUCGAUGAGCGCAAGCUCAUGGCCAAGAUCGACUGGCAUGUGGUGCCUGCGUUGUGUGUGAUGUAUCUAUUUGCUUUUUUGGAUCGGGUAAAUAUUAGCAAUGCGGCUAUCCUCGGGUUGAAGGAGGACCUCGACAUUGAGACGGGCACGAAGUACAAUGCGGCGUUGACGAUUUUCUUCGUGCCGUACAUCAUCUUCGAGAUCCCAUCGAACGUGCUGAUGAAAAAGCUCAAGCCGCAUAUCUGGCUGUCGCUGUGCAUGUUUGCCUUCGGCGUCGUGAUGAUCUGCCAGGGCCUCGUCUCCAGCUGGGGCGGUCUCAUGACCACGCGCUUUUUCCUCGGCGUGUUCGAAACGGGUCUCUUCCCUGGAUGCUUCUACCUCAUGGGCAUGUGGUACAAACGCAGCGAAGCCCAAAAGCGCUUCAGCUUCUUCUUCAGCUCCACCACGCUUGCCGGCGCCUUCGGCGGCAUUCUCGCGUACGGCCUCGGCCAGAUGGACGGUAUCCGUGGCUACGGCGGAUGGCGCUGGGUGUUCAUAAUCGAAGGAGUAAUGACCUGUGUCGUCGGCAUUGUCGCCUUCUUCGUUGUGUGCGACUUUCCCGAAGACGCGAAGUGGUUGACGGAGGAGGAGCGCGAUUUCGUGCGCGCCAAACUUGCCGCUGAUACGGGCGAGGCUGCGGCUCACAAGUCGCUCGGAUUGCGCGAUGUGCUGGCCGUGUUUAAGGAUUACAAGAUCUUUAUCGGCGGGUGGAUGUAUUUCGGUCAGGUUGUUACGGCCUAUGGGUAUGCGUAUUUCGCGCCGACGAUCAUUAAGUCUUAUGGUUACGACCCUGUCAAAACCCAAUUAUACUCUAUUCCCCCGUGGGCCGCCGCAUUUGGCUUCUCCAUGUGCAUGGCGUUCCUGUCGGACCGACUACGCCAUCGGUUCGCAUUCGCGCUGAUCCCCAUGCUCAUCGCCAUGAUCGGCUAUGCCGUCCUGCUGAAUGUUACCGACCCGAAAAAACACAUGGUGCAGUAUGGUGCGCUGUUUUUGGUGACGAGUGGCUGCUACAGCGCGAUGCCGGUGCUGGUGUGCUGGUUCGCGAUGAACCUGGGGGGUCAUCGGCGGAGGAGUGUGGGAACGGCCUGGCAGAUUGGGUUUGGAAAUAUCGGCGGCAUCAUCUCGACGUACUCGUUCUUGGAACAAGACGCCCCGCUGUACCGCAACGGGUACAUCAUCAGCGUGUCCUUCUUGGCUUUUUCGGCUGCCAUGGCCAUCGUAUACUUGGGUGCCGUGAUGUGGGAUAACCAUCGGCGCGAUAACAUGGUUGUCGACUCUGGAGUGGCAGCAGAGGUGGAGGAGGACGCCGGCGACAUGGCGCCUACCUAUCGGUAUAAUUAUUGA